AUGGCGAGUGUGGUGGUGAAGACCAUCUGGCAAUCCAAAGAGAUCCACGAGGCCGGGGACCCCCCCGCGGGGGUCGAGAGCCACUCCCAGCUGGUCCCCGAGGCUCCUGGAGGAGUGACCAGCCCGGCCAAGGGGAUCUCGAAGAAAAAGAAGGCCGUGUCGUUCCAUGGGGUGGAGCCUCGGAUGUCCCAUGAGCCAAUGCACUGGUGCCUGAACCUAAAACGGUCCUCGGCCUGCACCAACGUGUCACUGCUCAACCUGGCCACCAUGGAGCCCACCGACUCCUCAGGGACAGACUCAACCACGGAUGACAGUGGCCUGCUCGCCCUGCCUGGGCCUCCAGCCUCCCCCACCCCACCCUGGGCUCCGGAUGACCCAGACAUCACGGAAAUACUGAAUGGGGUCAACAGUGGGUUAGUCCGUGCCAAAGACUCCAUCACCAGCUUGAAGGAAAAGACCACCCGGGUCAACCAGCACGUGCAGACGCUGCAGAGCGAGUGUUCUGUGCUGAGCGAGAAUCUAGAGAGAAGGCGGCAAGAGGCCGAAGAACUGGAGGGGUACUGCAGUCAGCUCAAGGAGAACUGCCGGAAGGUGACCCGGUCGGUGGAAGACGCUGAAAUAAAAACCAACGUCCUCAAACAGAACUCUGCCCUGCUGGAGGAGAAGCUGCGCUACCUCCAGCAUCAACUGCAGGAUGAGACGCCGCGGAGGCAAGAGGCCGAGCUGCAGGAGCUGGAGCAGAAGCUGGAGGCCGGCCUCUCCCGGCACGGCCUGGGCCCCGCCGCCCAGCCCCCGGGCAGCUCUGGCUCACCCGGGAGCCCCAAGGAACCCCCGCGACCGCGCAGCCUGGCCCCAGGUGGCUGGGGAAUGGGGCCCCGGGCAGGGGAGAGCCCCAUCGGGAGCGAGCAGGAGUUGCAGAAGGUCUCUGCCGGCCUUGAGGAGCUGAGGAGGGAGGUGUCCUCGCUGACCGCCCGGUGGCAUCAGGAGGAGGGGGCGGUGCAGGAGGCCCUGCGGCUGCUCGGGGGCCUGGGUGGCAGGCUGGACGGCUUCCUGGGCCAGUGGGAGCGGGCGCAGCGUGAGCAGGCGCAGACGGCGCGGGGCCUGCAGGAGCUGCGGGGUCGAACGGACGAGCUGUGCACCAUGGUGGAGCGAUCGGCAGUGUCUGUGGCUUCACUGAGGAGCGACCUGGAGGGGCUGGGCCCAGUGAAACCGAUUCUGGAGGAGCUGGGACGGCAGUUUCAGAGCUCUCGAAGAGGGUCUGACCUCUCCAUGAACUUGGAUCGGGGCCCACAAGGCUCCUGUGCCCGUUGUGCCAGCCAGGGGCAGCAGUUGUCCACAGAGUCCCUGCAGCAGCUGCUGGAACGAGCGCUGACCCCGCUGGUGGACGAGGUGAAGCAAAGGGGCCUGGCUCCCGCCUGUCCCAGCUGCCAGAGGCUACACAAGAAGAUUCUGGAGCUGGAGCGCCAGGCCUUGGCCAAACACGUCAGGGCAGAGGCCCUGAGCUCCACCCUUCGACUGGCCCAAGACGAAGCCUUGCGGGCCAAGAACUUGCUGCUGACGGACAAGAUGAAGCCGGAGGAGAAGGGAGCCGCUCUGGACUAUCUACACUUGAAGAUGUGCUCCCUCCACGAUCAACUCAGCAAUCUGCCACUUGAGGGUUCCACAGGGACGAUGGGGGGAGGAAGUGGGGGGGGAACUCCCCCAAAACGUGGGGGCCCAGCCCCUGAGCAAUAA